GGAUGGUCGAGCUGCAGUGAGAGCAGUCUGACCCGGUCCCCCGUCCGCGCUCCGGCAUCAUGAGCCCCGAGAGUCGGAGUCUGAAGUUUGUGAUUUUGACAACACUUCAGGCUUUGUCGGUGUCUGUGGCGGCGGGUUUGGGGGCGCUUUCCACAUCUGCUGAAGGGAAUCUUUUGAGUACAGCUGUUCAGCACAGACCAACAGCAAAACAAAAACACUAUGGGACUACAGUACCUCUACAGCUUGUUGGACAAGACUGGAAACCGAUCAGUCAGCUCAAAUCUCAGAGCUACCCGGCGUCGCUGCGGCUCCUGAUUGAGGCGGAAGGUGAGCAGCUGCUCCUGGCUCUCCAGAAAAACGAGGGCCUGUUCGCAAGUAACUACACCGAAACUCAUUACCUGGAAGAUGGCAGUGCGGUCAUAGGCCCUCACAACACCACAGCGAACUGCUUCUAUCACGGCGAGGUGGAGGAUCAUGUCAACUCAGAUGUCAGCUUGAGCGCUUGUGCUGGGAUUAAGGGUUUUAUAUCUCUGGGAGCCAGAUCUUACGUGCUGGAGCCGUGCGCUGACUGCUCGAAUGGAACUCACUGGAUCUACACAGCCGAACACCUCAGAUUGACUCCGGGCACCUGUGGCCACGGCUUCAACAUCUCGUAUCCCUCCGCCGCACAUGAGGACAGCAGCCCGUUCAGAGCGUUCAGCACACGGCACAAACGCCAUGCCCAGACAACCACCAAGUACGUGGAGCUGAUCAUCGUGGCCGACAACAGAGAGUUCCAGAAACAAGGGAAGGACAUGGAGAAGGUCAAGCAGCGGCUGGCCGAGAUCGCCAAUUAUGUGGACAAGUUCUACAGGGCUUUGAAUAUCCGUGUGGCCCUGGUGGGCCUGGAGGUGUGGAGCGACGUGGACAAGUGUCCCAUCACUCAGGACCCCUUCACCACCCUGCACGAGUUCCUGGACUGGAGGAAGGUCAAGCUGCUGCCGCAGAAGCCGCACGACAACGCCCAGCUCAUCAGCGGAGUGUAUUUCCAGGGCACCACUAUCGGUAUGGCGCCCAUCAUGAGCAUGUGCACCGCCGAGCAGUCUGGAGGGAUCGUCAUGGACCAUUCGGACAACCCCCUCGGUGCCGCGGUCACUCUGGCCCACGAGCUCGGACACAACUUCGGGAUGAACCACGACACGCCGGAGCGGGGCUGCGGCUGCAGGGUGACGGUCGACCGCGGCGGCUGCAUCAUGACUCCCUCCACCGGGUACCCGUUCCCCACGGUGUUCAGCAGCUGCAGCAAGAAGGACCUGGCGGCCAGCUUCGAGAAGGGGGUGGGGAUGUGCCUGUUCAACAUGCCCGAGGUGAAGGUGCUGUACGGCGGGCAGAAAUGCGGCAACGGCUACGUGGAGGAGGGAGAGGAGUGCGACUGUGGGGAGCUGGAGGAAUGCAUGAAUCCCUGCUGCAACGCCACGACCUGCACCCUGAAAGGAGACGCUGUCUGCGCGCACGGACAGUGCUGCCAGGACUGUCAGCUGAAGCCGGCAGGCACCCCCUGCCGCGAAUCCAGCAACUCCUGCGACCUGCCGGAGUUCUGCACGGGCACCAGCCCCCACUGCCCCUCCAACGUCUACCUCCACGACGGCCACGCCUGCCAGAACGUGGACGGCUACUGUUACAACGGCAUUUGCCAGACGCACGAGCAGCAGUGCAUCACGCUGUGGGGCCAAGGAGCCAAAGCGGCUCCAGGUAUCUGCUUCGAAAGGGUCAACUCAGCAGGAGAUCCUUAUGGCAACUGUGGCAAGGACUCCAAAGGUUCCUUUGCCAAAUGUGAAGCACGAGAUGCUAAGUGUGGCAAAAUCCAGUGUCAGGGAGGGGCCAACCGCCCGGUAAUUGGCACCAACGCCGUCUCCAUCGAGACCAACAUUCCCCUGCAAGACGGGGGGAAGAUCCUGUGCAGGGGGACGCACGUCUACCUGGGCGACGACAUGCCGGACCCCGGCCUCGUCCUCACAGGGACCAAGUGCGGAGACGGACGGAUGUGUCUGAAUCGUCAGUGCCAGAAUAUCAGUGUUUUCGGCGUGCUCGAGUGUUCGGCCAAGUGCAGCGGCCGGGGGGUGUGCAACAACAACAAGAACUGUCACUGUGAGGCUCACUGGGCGCCUCCGUUCUGCGACAAGACGGGCUUUGGAGGGAGCGUCGACAGCGGGCCCAUCAGACUCGCAGACGCUGCGAAUGUGACGGUGGGGAUCCUCGUGGCUCUGCUCACCCUCCUGGGAGCCGGGCUGAUCAUCUGCGUCAAGAAGAAAAGCGUGCUGGGUCUGCUCUUCACCAGCAAGAAGAACCCAAUCGAGAAGCUGAGAUCAGUCAGCGCUGCAAUCAGCGGACCGUCUGCUCCGAACCAGCCUCCUCCGGCGAGCGCAGCGUCUCCGUCUCGACCGGCGCCGCCCCUGCCGCACACCGCCACCAUCUUCAAGUCUCCACACCGGGGGCCGGAGUCGGGCCCUCCGCCGGCGGCCCCCUACCCGUCCCACAGCCUCCGCCGGCUCCCCCAGUGCCCCCCGGUUCACCUCAGACACCCGGUGCCCCUGUCCCUGACCCUGUCCCUCUCCCCGGGCCCCGGCCAGCCGAGACCGCCGGUGCCCCCGCCCCACCGGGCCCCCCCGCCGCACAUCCACGUGGCGUCGUUCCACAGCGCCGCACACCACAGCUCCUGCAGGAUGGUCAUGGAGCUGGAGAAGCCCAGUGCUCCUCAGAAACCCCUCCCCGCUGAUCCCAGGAGCUCCCGUCUGCUGCGGAGUCCGUCCAGGCUGCAGGGCCCGGCUCCGGUCCAGGGCCCGCCCGCCGUCUGUGACUCCGUGGCGAAGCCCGGCGUGCCCCGACCUGUGCGCCCCCUCCCUCAUCUAAACAGGUCGAGUCCAAAGCAACCCCCGACACUACCAAAGCCUUGCGUGAUCGCCAACAUCAAGUACAGCAGCUGAGACUUUGUGCUGAAGGGACGCUGUCGUGACGAGACACAAAAACUUUUUUUUGCACUAUGAAAACUCUGACAACCUUAAAAGAAAGAUGGCGGUGUGCGUGAGUUCCUGAAUCGGCAGAUCCGCCGUGUCCCUUUGGUGCUCUGUCUCUGAAUGGUGCUACGAGUCUGAGCUCAGGUACAUGUAAAGUAUUUAUAUUCCGUAUUUAUUACCACGCAGUGCACUGUGUCAGACACUUUUACUACACGGUAGCAAUUCUGACUUUUUGAUUACCUGUUUAAUUUCACUUCUUAUUUUUUUUUUCAAAUGAUUUUUAAGAAGG